AUCAGUCGGCAGCGGUCGGUGAACGUAUCGCGGUGGGAGUCGGAGGUGUUCGUCGCGGCUGCGGAAUACGUCUCGGGCUGGUUUAGAACGUGUCAUCUCCUCCUGUCCGCGCUUCCGCUUUCCUCCUCCGCCAUCACCACCACCACCCCUGAACGGUACGGUGGCGGCGGCGGCGGCGGUGGCAGCGGUAACGGUGACGGUGGCAGCAACGACGACGGAAACGUCGGCGACGGCGAUUCCUUAUGGGGGUGCUCGCGUUGACGGUCGCGUGCGUGCACGCGUGUAUCCGCACGGGUAUCGCAACGUUAAAGGAUGGUGGAGUGACUCGAUCCUGGGCGCGGUGAACCCGUGACGGGGUGGGGGAGGGGGGAGGGAAAGAGGAAAACUGCGAAAGCGAGUUACGCGCGAGAUAUCACGCGAGAUCGGCAUCGUUAUGUGCACGCGGUUCCACCGGAGCGGGAGAGCGGUCAUCUUGGCGAUCAUCUGGCAAAUCUGCUGCUGUCGGAGCACCUUGGACUCGAACGUAACUCCGUGUAACGUCACUGCCGACGGACGGGAGCUGCUGUGCCGCGGGGCCGAUCUGUUCUCCAUCGGUCCGAUCGACGAUCGCGACGAGCUGUCACGACGGGCCGUCGCCCUCGUCAACGUCACGAAAAUUGAUCUGACCAACAACAGUAUAACGGACAUUCCAAUACGUGCUUUCCAUCAAUUCCCCAAUCUCGAAAUUUUGCUUCUUCGGCGUAAUCACCUACGAAUCAUUCACGACGACGCGUUUACGAGUUUAGAGAACCUUCGUGUGUUAGAACUCGAUGAAAAUGACUUAACGACGAUACCAGCUGCCGUCGCAAACCUACGUAGUCUGGAAGAAUUGUCUGUAUCGAACAACCGAGUACAACGACUCGCGAAAGAUGCAUUACAUCGUGCCAAUAAUUUGCAGUCGCUCGAUUUGCGCGGAAAUCCCAUCAAGGAUAUACACGGCGACACUUUUCGGAAUCUCGGCAAGCUUCGUAAGCUGAUAUUGUCCAACGUGAAAGAGUUGCGGCUUUUUCCCAACUUGACAGGGACGACGUCUUUGGAGGUAUUGAGAUUGGAUCGUUCCCAGUUGAAGGAAGUUCCUCCCAAUCUUUGCCAGCAAUGUCCGAAGCUGAAGAGUCUCGACGUAAAGUCCAAUCAUUUGACGGAGAUACCGGAUUUACGGGACUGCCACCAACUCCGCGUUUUGGAUUUGGCUAGUAACGUAAUCUCCACGUUACCGGACGACGCUUUCAGAGGUUUGAGUAUGCUGCACGAUCUUUUAUUGUCCAAUAAUAAUCUCCGGAGUGUAUCCGGCGAUGCGUUUACCGGAUUACCUAGACUUCAAGUCUUAAACCUGGAGAACAAUCACAUCGAAUAUAUACACCCCGACGCGUUCAAAGAAAUGAAACAGUUAAAGGACCUAAAUUUGGGGAACAAUGUUUUCCCCACACUGCCAAUAAGAGGUCUCACGGGAUUGUUGCACCUCAAGACGUUCAACAAUCCUGCGCUGCGGGAGUUCCCGUCCCCCGAACGGUUCCCGAGGGUGCAAACCAUGGUGCUGUCGUACGCUUAUCACUGCUGCUCCUUUCUCGCGGUCCAAGUGGAGGAACCCGUUUCCAAAUCGCCGGUGCAGGAGUCAAUCUUGUUUCCCACUGACGAUUUCGACAGCAGCUUGUGGAAUUCGACAUUCAGCGAUAUCUGGCCGCAGUUGAAUUUUACCUAUCCCGGAAACCUACCCUCCUACGUAGAGGAUUACUUCGAAGAUGUAGACGGUCGAAGGACACCUACGACUCGGAGAACACCCUCUCGCAUCCAAUGCUUGCCGCAACCCGGUCCUUUCCUACCGUGCCAAGAUUUGUUCGACUGGUGGACUUUACGGUGCGGCGUGUGGAUAGUCUUCCUGCUGGCCAUGCUCGGCAACGGCACCGUGGUGUUUGUCUUGAUAUUCUCGCGAAGCAAGAUGGACGUGCCGCGAUUCCUAGUUUGCAACUUGGCCGCUGCGGACUUUUUCAUGGGCGUUUAUUUAGGUUUAUUGGCGGUGGUCGACGCCUCGACGUUGGGAGAGUUUCGAAUGUACGCGAUACCGUGGCAAAUGUCCGCCGGUUGUCAGCUGGCCGGCUUCCUGGGCGUGCUCAGUUCCGAAUUGAGCGUCUACACGCUCGCGGUGAUCACUCUGGAGAGGAACUACGCGAUAACGCACGCGAUGCACCUGAACAAACGGCUCUCGCUGAAACACGCCGGCUACAUUAUGACGAUAGGCUGGUGCUUCGCUCUGUCGAUGGCGAGUCUGCCGCUACUGGGAGUGUCGGAUUAUAGAAAAUUUGCCAUCUGCUUGCCGUUCGAGACCAACGGCAGCGCGGCACUCGCGUACGUGGUGUUCCUGAUGCUGAUCAACGGAGUUGCCUUCCUGAUACUGAUGGGCUGCUACCUGAAAAUGUAUUGCGCGAUACGAGGCUCCCAGGCGUGGAACUCGAACGACUCUCGCAUAGCCAAGAGGAUGGCCCUGCUCGUCUUCACCGAUUUCCUCUGCUGGUCGCCGAUAGCCUUUUUCUCUCUCACGGCGACCUUUGGCUUGCAGCUGGUGUCCCUGGAGCAGGCGAAAGUUUUCGCGGUGUUCGUGCUGCCGCUCAACUCGUGCUGCAAUCCCUUCCUGUACGCGAUUCUCACGAAGCAGUUCAAGAAGGAUUGCGUGUUGAUAUGCAAAGCGAUUGAGGAAUCACGGGUGACUCGAGGUAUCGGCAGGUGUCGGCACAGCUCGAAUUUCAGCAAUCGGCAGACACCGGCCAACACCAACAGCCUCGUCGAUCGGUCGUCGCGAGAGAACCAGGGACUUCAGACACCGUGCGCUUGCAACACGAGGCUCCUCGAGAGCGAGAGCCGCCGUUGCGGCUCGUCCUAUCGCAACGGUGGCUGGUGGAGCGCCGGGAUAUUCUGGCCGUGCGCGCGCGACUCGCGACCGCGGCACGCGCGCAACGACCAGUACACCUACCAAAUUGCUCAGAUUCAACAGAAGCAGCACAAACGGGCGUCCUCCGUAUCGUCCAGCGAGAACUUUUCCUCCUCCAGGUCGGACUCGUGGCGGCAAACGCAUCACUGCGGCAUCCCGCUCAGAUUGUUAGACCCGAAACGGAGAGCCUCGUCCUGGCUCAUCACUCGGAAACCGUCGCAAGAUUCGAAUCUGAGCUCGUCGCGUAACGACUCGUCCGGUUCGGCGACUACUGCCAGCACCAGUACCUGGCGCAUCUCGAGAUCCAGUGCCUCUCUAGAGAUUAGCGCGCGAAAUACGCCGAGACCGGCCAGACCGAAGCCACGCUUAACUCGUCAACUCGCUGUCCAGGAACCGGAGCCUCCUGGAUCGCCGGGAAGACUGGCCGUUAGAUUGCUCGCUACGAUACCUUCCGCCGCUGAAACCAGCGAUCAACAGGACGACGAGAAUAUACCGGCUUAACUCUGCACGCGCGUUGAUUACGCAAGUUGCUAUUAUUAUAUAUCUCUAUCUAUUUUUAUGUAUUUAUAUGUAUUAUAUGUACGUAACACGUGCGCGCAUUGUCGUUAUCAGGUAUCCUGAUGUGCAUAUAUUCUCGUCGGGCGAUUUCUUCGACAAAUUCAGUAUUAAUUAAAGUAAUUUUGGCUGAGCGUAGCUAUAUAGAGUUAGCAGUCAUACAACACACACACAUACACGUAUACACUAUACAUGUACACUUGUAUCUAGAACGUUUUAUACGUCUUAGGAAGCGUUGUUGCUUAAAGCAAGUAGAACGAAUGAAUUAGAACGAAAACCUGAUAGGAAUUAAAGAAAGUAGCGCAGAUGUCGAGUAUAGUUGAUUCCAAAGUCAAAGCUAGAGCCUCGAAGAUGUUCAUAAUUUAUCGUUCAAUUUUUAAUCGAUGUACGCUGGUCGAUAACCACGUUUUCGGAAUUUAAACAAAAA